AUGGCUGACAAAUUUAUUCGUCAAUUGACACAUAACACUGAGACUUUCGAACGAAAUUGGUCUUCAACGUUCGAUCGUUUAAACGAUUUCUUCAUCGAUUGUGAAAACGAAAAUGUUGACGUUCAAGAUUAUAGAAUUAAAGCAUUAGAUGCUCUGGUUGAUUAUAUACUCGCUGAUUCGCCAACUGAAAAAAAAGAAACGCAUGAUGCCAAAUCGAUUUUUGUUAGACGAGUUGUGUUGCUAUGCGAGCCAGACCCACAACCGUCGUUGGUUGAUCUCGUACGCAUCUUACGACGUAUUCUCGAUUCACCAAAUGUUUUCAAUGGAUGGUAUCUUACUUUUAUAGAAUCCAUUUACCAUCAAUUUAAUCUUGGUACAUAUUUAUCAGAAAAACCUUCAACAGAUUUGAUUGCAUCGAUUCUUAAAAGUUUUGAAAAGCAAUCAUUUUUAAAGGAAACAUCAGAUACAGAAUGCGAAAGUAGAUGGAGAGAUUUUCUGGUGACCUAUAUGUUUUCAUCAUUGGGAAGUAUAAGUAACAAGUUGACUGGCGAAGAAACAAUGCUCGCCAUGCGACCUGCUUUUCAACAACUGUUUCAACGUGCUAUUCGAAUGUGUUCCAAAUCUAAUAUUUGGUUAGAAAUUGGCGAAUCAUUGCAAAAAUCAUUACCAAGUCUUUUCAAUUGUUUUGAUAAUCCAGCUGAUGUAUUAGUAAUUAUUGAAUGCAGUGAUGUGUUAUUAUCACAGGACUUUAUACGAUCCCUUUCCAGUUCAUACAAGGAGAAUGUUAAUCAAGUCAAAACAAAUUUUUCCCAUAUUUUAAAAAUUAUCGAACGACUUGUCUUAGCCAAUCGUAUUGGCGAUGCUAGAAAUAUUAUUGAUGAUACAAUUGAUGUACAUUUUAAGACUGCAGUUGAUAUUAGUACAUUACUUCAAAUGUUUAUUCGUUUAUGUCCACAACUAAAUGUUGAUUAUCGAAAUGAAUUCUGUGACCAAAUCAUUUUUCCUCUAUCAAUAAAUUUGGCAAGUGAAAAAUGUAAUAAAAAAUUGGCACCACUUUUAUUCGAUUUUGCUCUUGUCAUACUUGAUUUAAAUGUGAUCAAAGCACCAAAAUGUGCAUUGGAACUACUCGAAAAAAAAGAAUAUUAUCCAUGGAAAGAGUUAGCUCCAAAAUUUGCCCAUCUCAUUCGAUCAUGUGCUGCCUAUGACAUUAUUGAUAGUGAGGAUCAUUUUGCUGAUAUUAAUUAUCUUGAUAGCAUUAUCAGAUUGGCUGCUGAACGAUCUGAAGUUAAUCAAACUAUCGUUCAAGCUACUCAUGAUGAAGCAUUACGAGCUAUUCUUCGUUGGCUAGGACCUGCUACAAGUAUCAAUAAGAUGAUAUGGUGUUCGCAUGUCUACAGAAUGGGACAAUAUUUGCUAGAUUUGAUUGAUCAAAGACAAAUAACUAUUGAAAUAUGUGCUCAACUGAUUGAAGCACUUAACAAAAGAAUAUCCAAAAGCGAAGAAGAUGAAACGAGUGAUGGGCUUGAAAGAUUUUUUACUAACGUAACAUCUAAAUUAGCCACUUACCUACAGCAACUCAAGUCACUUCCUGAAAACAUUCAUCGUGAAAUAGUUUCCUUUAUUUUAGCUGCUCUAGUUUUACCAUUGAAACGUGAAAAUGGAGAAAUAUCAUUUGAAAAGGAAAUGGCUAAUACUAUCUGGCUUGUAAUCGGCGAAUUAUUAACAAGUGAAAAGGAGGUUCGCAUUUAUGAACCAUGUAUCAAACGAAUACAUUCACUUGCAUGCGACGAUCGAGAAGAAGAUUUCUUUGAAUGGUGGUCCAAUUUUUGGCAAUUCAUGGGUUUAAAAAUACCUGAUAUGGCUAGUGAGUAUGCUGAAGAAUUUCUAAGUGAUGUUAUUAAUCGCAAGCGCUUUGAUCUCUUUGCAAUUCUUCCUGAUGUCUACUUGAAACGACCAGAACCCUUUCAUACUCGACUCAAUGAAUUGAUCGAUGGCAUUUUCAGUAGUAACCAAGCGUAUUCAAUUUCUAUGUCACAACUUUUUUCGAUGAUUGGCAAAGAGCAUCCAGAGUUAAUAACAGUAAAUCAAGUCGACCGAAUAUUUGCUUCAAUGAAAAUUAGUUCGAAAAAAUCGAAUGAUUUUAUUCUACUCUUUGAAGCAUUAGGCUUCGUUGCUAAUACACAACCUAGUCUCUUCCAUAAACAUCGUGCUCAACUGUUACACCAUGUUUCUGAAAAACAAAACAUAUCGGCUUUUCAGUGUCUUCAGCAAUAUUUAGUAGCAUCGACUAUUGUCGACGAAGGAAAAUCAGCCAAUGAACAUCUUACAAUUUUAAUCAAUCUUCUUAAAGGAAAUCCUAAAAUGAAGAGUGAUACUCGAACACAAAUCUUUCAUGUUUGUCAAUUAAUCGGCGUUAUGAAUAAACAAGCAUUGAAAUCUAAACGAACAGAUUUGAUGGCAUUUAAGUCGUACAGUGAAUGUCGAUUGUUGCUCGAUUUUAUUGAUGGAGAAAAACUGACUGAAGAAAAUCAAGAAGCAAUCAAUCGAACGCGACAAGAAAUUGCUCAAAUGGAAAAACUGGUCAUUAAAACAGGAAAAGAUGUUCAAAACAUUACAAAAGUUGUCAAACGACAAGAAUUGAGCGUUUCAAAUCUCAAUACACGUGUUAAUACAGUUGACACGCGCUUGAAUGAUGUUAAUGAGCAAUUAAAAGAACAUACAAGCGAAAUUGAACGUAUCGAUGCAAAAACAUUAAGUUAUGUUCCUAGUGAAUGGGGUAGUCAAGUAAGCAAAUUACUUAAUCAUCGAGCAGAUAAUGAUUGGCGUUUACUUGGCAAACGUUUUGGUUAUUCAAAAAGUGAAUUGAGACAUUGGUCGAUGCAUGCUGAUCCAUGUAUGUCACUACUCAAUGAAUGGUUUAUGACAAAUAAAGCUGAUGAAGCUACUUAUGGACUUGUAAAAAUGCUCGAUGACAUUGGACGAAAAGAUGUUUCAAAAAUUAUUAGACAGGCAGCCACUGCUGCUGAUAAAUUGAUUCCAGACGACAUGCCAUUCGAAAUCAAACGUCUUCCACCUGUCUUUCUCUCAUAUCAAUGGGGAACUCAAAAAGCUGUAACAACACUUAAGCAAAACCUUGAAGAAGCUGGUUAUGCUUGUUGGAUGGAUAUUGGACAAAUGGGUGGUGGAGAUAAAUUAUUUGCUAAAAUUGAUGCUGGUAUUCGUGGUGCUAAAGUGAUAGUAUGUUGUAUGAACUCAGCUUAUGUUGAAUCGGACAAUUGUUCUCGUGAAGUUCAUUUAGCUAUAAGUACUGGUAAACCGUUGAUUCCUCUACAAAUGGAAAAACUAAAAUGGCCACCAGAAGGUGCUCUUGGUCCGAUUAUGAGUGAAUAUUUGUAUAUUCGAUUUUAUGAUCGUAAAUCAAACUCUGAUAACUAUUGGCCUGCAGAUAAAUUUCCUGAAUUAUUAGGUCAAAUUCGUUAUCAUGUAGCACCUAAUCUUGAUAUGAUUAGUUCACGAUAUCAAAAUUGGUUUUUACCUCGUAUUACUAAUUUGAUAUUUCUUCAACCAACAACGACCGAAGGUAAAAACAAGCAAAUUUCUUUGAAAGACAAUACUCCACUCGAUGUUGUUCAUCCACAAAUCAUGAUUUCUUAUCAAUGGGAUCGCCAAACUGAUAUCAUUGCAUUGUACAAACGACUCACAGAAUUAGGUUAUCGUUGUUGGCUUGAUAUAUUUCAAAUGGGCGGCGGCGAUUCAUUGUUCGAAAAGAUUGAUGCUGGAAUUCGUAAUGCUAAAUGUAUAAUUGCUUGUGUUACACCUAACUAUACAAAAUCGACGAAUUGUCGAAGAGAAAUGUCCUUGUCUGAUGCACUCGGUAAAUCUAUCAUUCCAUUAUUACUCGAGGCAACAACUACAUGGCCACCGGCAGGUCCUAUGGCACUUAUUUUUACUGAUAAGUCCUAUAUUGAUUUUUGUCCUACAAAUGGUAAUUAUCAAAAGAAUGAUAUAUGGUCAUCUCUAGAAUUCAACAAAGUGCUCGAUCAAUUGAAAAGCAUAGUACCUGAAGUUCAAACAAAAAUGGCUACGAAUUCAAUCGAUAUCAAACCACAAUCUAUGACAGUAUCAACCCCUAUAGAAAAUGGCAACCAGCCAACACAAACUGGAAGUGCAGCAACUAUUUCACCAAGUCAAUUAUGCUGUAUCUUAUAA